UAUUCACACACUCAUUCAUCCACCUACUGGCAUGUUUUUAGGAGAUGGGAGGAAACCGGAGAGACAUGAUAAAAACACAGAAACUCUGAUUCUGAGUUAUUAAAUGUAAUGGAUUAUUUUUAGUGUUGUGAUUACUCUUGCUGACUCAGUAACACCUGAUUAUCAGUUUUCUGCUUUGUAGGAACAUCGACAUGGCCAGCAGGGGCAAACAGUGGGUUCUCCUGGCAGCAGGUUCUAAAGGUUGGGAAGACUAUGAUGUGCAGGCCAAUGUGUGCCAUGCUUACCAGGUCGCUCACCAGAACGGCGUUCCAGAUGAGCAGAUUGUGGUGAUGAUGUAUGAUGAUAUCGCUUACAAUGAACAAAAUCCCACUCCUGGAAACAUAAUUAACGUACCAAAUGGCCCAAAUGUUUACCCUGGGGUUCUGAAGGACUACACUGGAGAGGAGGUAUCAGCGGAGAACUUCCUGUCUGUACUGUGUGGAGAUUCGGAGGCUGUCAAGAAAACAGGAAGAAAAAAAGUCAUACAAAGUGGUGAAAAUGAUUCUAUCUUCAUCUACUUAUCAGACCAUGGAAAUAGAGGAAUCUUUCACUUUCCUAAUUCUACACUUUAUGCACAUGAUCUCAUUAACACAGUGAAGGCGAUGUCAAAGAGUCGCACGUUUUCAAAGAUGGUCAUUUAUUUGGAAGCGUGUCAUUCUGGAUCAAUGCUGGAUCAGCUGUCUGACAGCAACGUGUAUGCAGUUUCUUCGUGCAAUCCUGAUGAAUAUACCUACGCUUGUUUCUUCGACAAGAAAAGAAAUACCUUUCUUUCUGAUAUCUUCACCUUUAACUGGCUGCAGCACAUGGACACGGUAAAACUUACAGUGACGUCGUUUGGAGAGCAGUUUUCCUACCUGCAGAAACACGUGAGUAAAGACGCGAGGAAGGCAGGAGUGACUGAGACGCCAUGUAACUAUGGGGACAAGGGAAUGCUGAAGGUAAUGUUGAGUGAAUUUUUUGGAGAUUCCCCUCGCUUUGUCAGCGAGACCUACACGUCCCAGAUCCUGAACGUUCAAGUGUCCGAUGUGGUGGACACUACAGAAGUUCCACUGAUAAUCCAAGAAAACAGGAUUAAAAACGAACAGGACCCGGAAAAGAGACAGGCCCUGGAAAGACAAUAUGAUGAUCUUAAAAGAAAGAGGAAGACAGUGGAUGAAGCGCUGCAGAAGAUUGCUGAGCGCACAAACGCUUCACGAGCUCUGACUGAAAAGCGUGAGGUGACUCGGACGUACGAACUCAAACUCGUGGCUGAGCAUUUCAGGAAAAAUCUCUUCAACUGGGAAGCGGAGCCGUUUGUUGUCACUCGUGCACACCUGCAGGUUUUAGUGAAUCUGUGUGAGUGUGGGUUGGAGGUUGAGAGGUAUGGGAUUAGUUUCACUUUUUCAGUGUUUGUUCUGGAAUUAAACACGUCCAGUCGGUUCUCAUUGUAUUUCUAAUUUGUUUGUUUCCAUCAGCAUCACUGAAGCCAUCACUCACGCGAGCCAGGAGAUCACUUUCUGAAGAACUCG